GGCGGAGCUAGCCAAGGAAGCAGACGGGUUUCGGAGUGCAGAGGCUUCCGGCGGCCGAGCGGCGCUGUCGGCCUCCCCGGGGCGAAGGGCAGAGCGCGGGGAGGAGGAAGCAGGGAGCGGGCACCCCGGGCGCGAUCGGCAGCGCGGCUGGAGCUGCUUCCCCUUGGACUGGCUCCUCCUUCGGCUACCGCCGCUCAUUGCCGCUAAGCGCCAGCGAGGAGCCCGGGCUGGGCCGGGAGGUUGCCUCGCCGGCCGGCCCUGCCCUGCGCUCUGCGUGAAACGCAACUAGAAAACAAAAUGCGGGGAGCCAGCGCCGGGCAUUGCUCGCUCGCGAGGCGCAUGGCGGGGGGGAGGCUUUUAGCGGAGAAGGGGGCGCCCCCAGGCUGGAGCCUGCGUAGCUCCCUCCAGCCCCUCCCCCCUCCCCACACUACUCCUGAUAAAGCUUUUCAGUCUGAAGCAGGACCCGUCAUCGCUGACGUCAGCGAGCAGGCUGUGGCCAAUCAGAGCACGCGGUGAUUGUUUCGCUCUCUGGGCUGGCGGCGAGUCCAUGAAUUUCUAUUCAGCAGCCUCCCAGCGUCCUGCUGCUGCCUCUCAAGCGUAUAGGAUUCCACGUAGGCAUUAAGAGGGAGGAGAGGGGAUGGGGCGGGGGGGGGGGGGGGCGGGAAGAGCAGGAAAACAAAAAAACAAAAACAAAAACCAGACCAGCCCCGGCCCCCUUCCUCCCCCUCAAAAAAACUUUGGAGAAAAAAAAAAAGUUUCGCCUCUCUCUGUCUCUGUCUCUCUCCUCCCCGCUGUCAGGUGACUUUUUAGAAUUAGAAGCUAAUGAGCGUGGAUGCUUUGGGGAGCCCAGUGAUGGACCCUGCUGCACUCUCCAAACGGAACACGGCGCUGAGAUUAGUAGACUUGGCAGGGGCUCAUCACCACCAUCAUCAUCUCCACCCCCCUCAGAGCAUGACAGGCUUCCCGGGCUUCGCCGGGCAUCCCCACUCAGUGGCUCCCACGCACCCUGGGGAGUACGCCGCGGAAUCCCGCCUAGGGCCGAGUCCAUUCCGGCCUGAACACAUGGGGCACCACCACCACCACCACCAUCAUCAUCAUCAUCCUCCUCAUCACCCUGCGGCCCUUAAACUCAGCCCUGCCCCUCAUCCUCAUCCUCACCACCAGUACCACCACCACCACCACCACCAUCAUAUGGCAGGCCAAGCUGAGGUGGUCUCUAGUCAAACAGGAACGUUUGGCCCGGCGCAGGCAACAGCAGUCCCUUACCCAGUGUCUCGCACAGCCCAGGCUAUUCCAGCAGGUAGGGACUUCUUAAUACGCAGAGAUCUGACAGCUCCAGUCAUGCCAGGGCUAACUGAGCAACACACUGCUGCAAGUUCUCACCACGGAAUGUUUGUCUCAACAACAGGUAGCUACCCCGGACACCAUGGUCACCACCACUCAGAAGCUGGGAAUCAUUCUCUGUUCUCUGGACUCCAUGAGCAGCCUCCCCAUGCAACUCCAGGUGGCCAUCUAAACGGACAGAUAAGACUGGGGUUACCUGGAGAAAUGUACGCCAGGUCUGAACAUUUCACUCAAGUACCAGCCUCCAGGACCGAUCCUUUUGCUGCUUCCUCGCUUCAUAGCUACGGUGGCAUGAAUCUGAACGUGAAUCUGGCUCCACACCACGGCCCUGGUGCUUUCUUUCGUUACAUGAGGCAGCCCAUCAAACAGGAACUCAUCUGUAAAUGGAUUGAGUUGGACCAGACUCCCAAAAAAUUAUGCUCGAAAACUUUCACCACAAUGCACGAGCUGGUGACUCAUGUCACAGUGGAGCAUGUUGGAGGACCCGAGCAGUCCAAUCACAUAUGUUUCUGGGAAGAGUGUCCAAGAGAGGGGAAACCUUUCAAAGCCAAAUAUAAACUUGUAAAUCACAUCAGAGUCCACACAGGUGAAAAACCCUUCCCCUGUCCUUUCCCAGGCUGUGGGAAAGUGUUUGCUAGAUCAGAAAAUCUCAAAAUACACAAAAGAACUCACACAGGAGAAAAACCAUUCAAAUGUGAAUUCGAAGGCUGUGACAGACGAUUUGCCAACAGCAGUGACAGGAAGAAGCACUCUCACGUGCACACCAGCGACAAACCCUACAACUGCAAAGUGAGAGGCUGCGACAAGUCCUACACCCACCCCAGUUCCUUGAGGAAACACAUGAAAGUGCACUGCAAAUCCCCUCCUCCGAGUUCAGGCUACGAGUCCUCCACACCUUCCCUGGUGUCUCCCUCCUCGGACUCCGGCCGGGACCCUCCUGCUUCCUGUUCUCACGCAGAGCCAGUAGCAUCGUCGCAAACUGCAGCUAACCUGAGCGAAUGAUGUCUACCCCGUUGCUCUCAAGGUAAUCUAGACAGACGCAGCUGAAAGCCUGAAUCUUAUGCCUUAGACAUCAAAGAAAGCUCGCACAAAGAAGUAUUUCUUCGCAAGGGUGAAUCUUCAUGGUAAGUUAGGAUUUCUAUGGCAAUAGGCAAGUCAUACUUAAAUAGUGAAAGGCAAAGUCUGGAGCCCGUCCAGACUUUUCAUUAAGGACAUAAUAUUUACGUCUAACAGGCCCUUUUUCUUGUGUAUAUAAGUAUAUAUUUUUGUUUGACGCGAACUAAAUCAUUUUCAUUUAAUUUCCGGUAAACAAAACCCACGCGAAUGGGCACUUGUUCCAGAUCAUAAUAAAAAUGGAUAAGAAUGUCAGGAAGAAAAGGCCCGCUUGAACCGUCGCGUCAGCUCACUUUUGUUUCUGCUUUCUGCCUUGGUCAGAGAAUGCGUUUGGGAUUUGAUGGCGAGUUUCUAAAGGCAAGGAAAUGGUUUUUAAGGGGGAAAAGAAAAGGAGAAAGGUCUAAUCAAGCUCGGGUUGUUCAAAGGGUCUGAUUUUGGGGUUGAAAGUGUGAGUUUUAUGGUGCAUCAACAUGCCACGUUAGGAUCGCUAUGGUAAUGAGGAGAGCAAUAGCAAGCGGCCUUCAAAGGAGGCACACUCCAUUUGAGACAGUCUAUUAAGAUACAUUUGCACUGACCUUUGGUUUCAUGCUAGCUUAAUACAGUCAAUCUGCUCUUCGUCAGAAAUAUACUUCCUCCGCCUAAUACACUUUAACAGACUGUUUUUGUUUACUUUCACCCUAAGGUGGGGUUUGGUAUGGCAUUUUUGCACUGAAGUUAUUAUACCAAAAGGAGGGACUGCCAAUAAAGGGCAUGUACAUAUUCUGGGUUAGUGCUAACUCUCUUCAGAACAUGAGCAUUUCUAACCAGCUGACAUAUUUUUUUUCAGAACCCAAACGAUCAAACAUCCCCAUUCAAAAAUGUCUCUAGUGUGAAAAGAAUACAUUGUGUGUCCUCCUUCCCCACCCUUCUCCAGUCCCCAGACAGUGAAGUUAGGAUGGGAAAGUAAAGGGACACUUGGGGUUUCUUAGUCUAAUGGUGUAAGGUGUAUCUAGGAAGGUAAAUAAGAACAUUUGGAUCAUCUCAAUAUUCCCUGAAAAAUAAAUAGGGAAUAGGCCUGACUAGAAGCUGUUGUGGAGGAAGUCCCAGCCCAAGGGGACACGGAUAGUGGCAGGUUUGGAAAGUGGUAAGUGCUUGAAGGGAUGAAGAACUUGACAUCCGCAUGGCUGAGGCCAUGGCCGAUGGGUUAUGGUCCCGGGAAAGUUAGAAGUCCUGUUCCAGUAAUUGUCUUGUUGUUUAUUUUAUCCAAGUACCCUAGUGAAUAGGGGAAAAAUAAACACGACGAAAAAAUUCAAACAGUUGAGUCGUCUUUAGUGCCAGCCCUUGUGGUUGAAUAAAAAGGAUGGUCCAAUUUCUAUUGAGCUGAGAAAUCUUUGAAGUGGGAGUUAUUAUCUGAGAAAUUCCUGCUUGUCGUCCUAACAACGCUGAUGAAACGUAAAAGGUUCUUUGUCAGCGAUUUGUUCUCCUUUCUGUCAAACUCACCCUGCCCGUUAGCUUUAAACCGUUUCUAAAGAGAUAGAAUCGAACUUUUAAAGAUAACUCUAGGAGCAGGGAGGAUACAGAAAAUGGCAAACUAUAUCAUCAUAUGUAUAUGCAUACAGACGUAUGUAUGUGUAUGUGUCUAUGUGUAUCUCUAUCUGUGUAUAGAUAUAGAUAUAUAUAUAUAUAGGUGUAUGUAUGUCCUGACUGCUCUAUAGUUCUCAGUUUUAAACGAUGUCCAUUUCUGCAUUUUAUCUCCUGAACUUUUCUGUCCAAUAAAUUAUUCCUACACAUUUGCUGCACGGAAUGCAAUUCUUGUGAAAAAGCAGAAAUGCAGUGUUUCAUUAACACUACUAUGUAAGCAGCAAGCGUUUUCUUUCCCGUAUAAUGAAUGCAACAGCAUACACUUAAGAGUAAAGGCUUUGAACUAAUUUUAACAUUCGGGAUACCUAUUAAGCAUGUAUAUACUGCAAUGUACCGAAAUUGUUACGCAUUAAAACCGAUGGCUUCCAUAUGUUUCCAUGUUUUAUUGUCAGUAAGUGUAAAGACAGUCAAACUGCAUCUCUUUGUAUCUUCAUUUUAUAAACAUUACAGUGUGCGAUUAUAUAAUGACCUGCUCAAGGUUUAUUUAGGAGUUUUAAAUUUUCAGAUCAUUAAAUACUUUUUUUUUGUAAAAAGAAUCCCCUGAAGUUGUAAGUCAUCAGUGUACUUUUAUUUUAGCUGCUACAGAAUUCUGUGAGCCCAAUCCUGUAAUUCUAAUAAUUCCCACUGAUUUCAAUGGGAGUUUGCCUAAGUAAAGACUGAGUAAAACUGCAGUGAAGAUCCUCUCUUUUAUAUGUUUAAGGGAAAAUAUAAUGAUCACAAAUGUAUCGUAAAAUGUAACUCGUCAAAACAAUUAAAAUGUUGGAAUAUUAUAUAUCUUUCCAGACUCUUUAUCAUCUAUGUUUGCCUUUCAGCACACGUUUAGUGCUGAAGUAAUUUUGUUUUAUGUGUUUGAAAAUAUUAUUUUAAAUUUGUUAAGUAAUUGAAUUAUUUUUACAGACAAUGUUUAUAAAAGUAUCAAUUCUGUCAUUUUUUUACAAAGAACAUUUUAAGUACAUAUUUGUAUCCGUUAUACUGCGUCAUUUAUAAAAGACACUAUGAAUGCAUCUUUUUUUCCUUUCUAUUAUGAAUUUGGGUUAAAUAGUAAUUGCAGACAUCCUACUAAAUUAGUAUAUAAUCGAUCAGCGACGCCUAGUUUCUGUUGGUUUCUAAUAUAGCUUCAUGCUAAUUAUUUUAGUUUUAAUGGAAAUUAUAUUGGUUAGUUUUUAUAAAAACUCUUUGACUAGACUCCCAAGAUAGUAUUCUUUACACCUGAAACUUCAAGACUAGCUAUAAUAAAUUGUACUUUAAAUAUUGACAGAGGGUCAGAGGGAAAAUUCAAAAACUUGUGUCAUUGAGUUCCUUAUAAUUAAACUCCUCUUCUUUUCUUUAUCUCCGCUGAUUAUCAUUACAACUGCACAUAGACUCCUUCAAAAUGAUUUCUUAAUUUUGGAUUUCAUUAAUAUGCUUGAAAAUAACAAAUAGUUACUAAUUAGGGCCCUACCACAAAAAAUGCUGUUUCUAACUAUCGAUGAUGAAUGCAUUCUUUUAUUCAGAGAAAUCCCUGCACAACAUGGAAUCAAUGUUACACAUGCACUUUUUAUAAGCUUCCUCAAGAGUAUGUGGAUCACUUUUUACUGAGUUGAAAUUAGUUAAUCAUUUAAAAUAAUUUAAAGGUAAGUUGUUUUGAUAUUCAUAUCCCAUAAACUGCAUUUCGUACGUUGCAGAGUUUAGCACCUCUUGAGGAUUCUCGGAGUUUUUUAAACUUGACAUUUUAAAUCUUAUUCUUCCAGUUAUGAAUGAUGCAUCACUCCUAUGCGAAUACUGUAGCUGUCCUCGUGCCGCUUAUUGAGUGUUGCGCAUGCGCAUUGGCUUAUCUUUUAACCAAAACUUUAAAGUUGCCUAACACAGAGAUGACAUACAGUUGGCUUUUUGUGGCAGGAAUGUUGUCAAUAAAGAAUACCUUUGAAUAUGAAGAAAGAAAGAAAGAAAGAAAGAAAGAAAGAAAGAAAGAAAGAAAGAAAGAAAGAAAGAAAAAGAAAGAGAAAGAAAGAAAGAAAGAAAAAGAAAAUUUACUGAUUUUAAAAGAUGACAAAAUUGGCACAAAAAGAAAAAAGAGGGCUAACAGUACAUGCUAAUUAAAGUAUACAAUUCUGUGGGCUAUAAUGAUUGAGGGAAGACAUGUAGUUAUUACACUUGACUGUAGUCAACAAGGGAUGGAAUGUCCCCUUAGACAACAUGGUGAGAGACGUGUGGGCAUUAUUAGUGGUCCUUUUAUAGACAUUGCCUUUUCUUUCUCAGUGCUGACAAACCAUUUUGGAGGGAUUCAUCCCCUGUUGCUUCCUAUCAUCGAUCCCCAUGCAAGCUCCUGCAUUGUGCAAGUGCAUUAAUUAAAGACCAUUCAUUUAACAAAAGAACGUUUGUGUGUCGAGGAAAUGAAGAUUAGAAAUAUGAAUCAGUAAACUAAAUAAACUAAGACCACAGUUUCCACACCUAUAUCACUUAGAUGAAGGGACAUGAAAACUAGGCUCUGCAUACUGUUAAAUACACUUCAUUUAACCCCACGGAGCUGUCCAUAAAUAUUGGUUUGCUGAUCAUUUUGCCUCUUUGGAACAUCGCACUUAAAUGUAUUACAAUUAAAAAGAUGUUUUUUAAGUGUAUUUAUAACUGUUAGGUUUACGCAUCAAAUUACUUAACCCUCAGCUCACAGGUAUCCAGUCAAGCAUUUAAGUGAAGCCUUUAUGCCUGCCUCUUACAUGUCUAUCGUUUCUCAAUGCUGCUAGCCUAUGAAGAAUAGUUUAGACAUGACAGAUAUGUCAGUACUUUCCCUACUGACACAGUACCAUCUUUGGACAGCAUUUUGUAAAGCGAUCGCUGUUGCAUGAUUGCCCACUACGUUAUACAGAAGUAGGUGUCUGAAACAUAUCAAAUCUAUAUGCAUUACACAUACGUUAUUCUUUGAACGUAUGUCAGUGCAGCAAAUGCCAUGAAUACCACAUGGCCGGAAGACCACUUUC